GGUCGCGGUGCAAAUGUAGGGAGUAUGACUUCAAGAUUACUCUGGUUAACGACCACUACGCUCAACCUGACUACGCUUGUUACUAAUGUCAGACAUGUAUUCUGCACUGAGUGAUGAAGAGCUGGAUGUCAUCAUUGCAGAAAUCCACCAAAGUCACCCUAACACAGGAUACAGGAUGAUGAAGUCAUUCCUUCAUGCCAGGGGACUGCUAGUGCAAAUUACAAGAGUACAUGACUCCUUAAAAAGAGUGGACCCAAUUGGGAAUGAAGUGCGGGCCAUGGCCAAUCGGACACUAAGACGGAGGCAAUACUCCACACCAAAUGCAAUGUGGCACAUAGAUGGAAAACACAAAUUAAUACGCUGGCGAUUUGUUGUUCACGGUGGAAUAGAUGGCUUCAGCCGUUUAAUUGUGUAUCUGUCUGCUGCAACGAACAAUCAGGCAUAUACCGUGUUGGAGAGCUUCAUUGAUGGCAUCGACAAAUUUGGUUUGUCAUCAUGUGUGCGCUCUGACAAGGGUGGUGAGAACAUUGAGGUUGCCCAAUUCAUGGUGAAACACAGAGGAGAGAGCCGGAACUCUCACAUUACUGGAAGGAGUGUCCAUAACCAGCGGAUAGAAUGCCUAUGGAGAGAUGUGUACAUCCAAGUCCUGGACCCAUUCCAUGUUCUCUUUCGAAACCUGGAGAGAGAAAGGAUGUUGAAUCCUGAUGAUGAGAGUCAUCUUUUUGCACUCCACUGGGCUUUUCUGCCUCAACUACAAGAGAUAAGGUACAACAAGGCCCAUAUCCGCACACGGAAUAUUGUAGAGCGCACCUUUGGAAUCUUGAACAGCAGGUUCCGUUGUUUGGAUCGCACUGGAGGAGCACUGCUGUACAGGCCAGAAAAAGUGGCCCAGAUUGUAGUGACCUGCUGCAUGCUACAUAACAUCGCCAAGCAACACGGGCUGGAGCAUAAUGCCAUGCCGGAGGAGAAUGCCGACCUGCCCAUAUUGGAGCAACAACCCAAUGCUGCGGGGAUGCAGACAUGCAGCAAUCUCAUUUGA